AAAGAUAGUCAUAUAGCAGCAAAGCAUCCAGAGUUAAAAAUGUAUCAGCAAAACAGAACUCCCACGGCAGCUGGGACAGAACACAUAGCAGCAGAUGGGAGAGGAUGGAGAAGCCACCUUUCAGACCACACAGCCAGAAGAGGAUAGAGCAUAGAGAUGAAGUUGCAGCCAGCCAGACAGCAUAGCAUAGUGCAGAUUUGCCCCGAAACAAACAAACAAGACCAACACCUUGCCUUGAAUGUCCUCAUAUCAGCAGAGCUUGAACAAUGGCCUCAUAGUUCAGACAGCAGGGCAUGAUCCUGACAGCAACAGCCACUCAGCAACAGCCUCACAGACAGCUCAGCUUCCAGCUAAAUUUCAGUAAAGCUCUUGUUGCUGAGCUUUACUACUUGCUAUGGUGGAAGAAGAGGAUCACAAACAGAGAGAUUGAAGAUGAUUAUAGCAGCCCAGCAAGAGAAUUCUUGUACAUGUUCUGUUGGAAGCAACCAUCAUCUUUAAGCUCCACAGCUCUGAAUCCUCAACAACUAUGUUCCUCAGAUACCCAUGUCCAUGAGCCACAAUCUCGGCUUCAUUCCCAUCCAAACGAGGACUUAUUGCCUAACAAACCCUUUGAAGAGGAAGGUGCAGAGACUGAGCCCAUGAGGCUGCAAAACCUCUCUGGCUCACCAAGAUUCCUCUUCACCAUCAAAGAAGAAACAAAGGAAGAUUUGGAAUCUGAAGAUGGAAAGUCUAGAGAAGGGUCAAGAAGUAGAAGAAGCUUAAGUGAUCUGCUUUUGACAGUUGAGACUCCAUUUUUGACCCCUCUUGCUUCACCACCAUACUUCACUCCUCCACUUACCCCUAUGGACUCCUCACACAACCACCAUGGAUUCAACCCUCUAUUUGAAUCAUCUACUGAUGCAGAGUUCAAUAUGAUGAGAUUGUUGUCACCACCCCCAAAGUUCAAGUUCAUGAAGGAUGCUGAGGACAAGCUUCACAGAAGAGAACAAUUGAUGGAAGAAGCUGAGAGGGAGAAGGUUCAUAAGAUUCGUAGGGUUUUCCAGGAAGAAGGGGCUAAUAUAGCUCCUUCAACAUCUGUGUUUCUCAAGGAUGAAGAGAAUGGCGGUUUUAUCACACUCAUUGUUGCUAAGAACAAAGAGAGAGAGCUCAAUCAUCCCCAUCAUCAUCACAGUACAUCACAACAACACCAUUCAAGCUCGUCACAGGUACUUCCUCUAGUUUCUUCCCUCUCUUGAAGAUUCUGAUUACCAACUAACAAGAAACCCAUCUCUCAUUAGAGUUCCAUUAACUGAAUUAGAUUGUUUUUUUUUUUUUUUUUUUCUUUUUAUUUAAUUGGGGGGUGUUUGGGAAUGAAGAUAUGAUAAAUAUGCAAAGCUCCUGUAGAAUUUUUUUAAAGUAGGGAGGGAGGGACAACAUUCUCUGCAAGUGAUGUUGGGUGGUGGUCUGGUCUGGUCUGGUCUGUCUGAUGCUAGUGGGGGACUUGUGGAGGGUGAUUUGUUUUAUUCAAUCUCCAUGUCCCCUGACUUGUCUGAUAUAUCUGUAUUCAUCAUCAUGUCGUGGGCGCUAGUACUGAAUACUGAUGUUAUUGUCCAAAUGCUGAACUGUAAAAUAUUUUUAAAUCUUAGGCUUUUCUCUCU